AUGGAAACUUUGCUGCAACAGCUGACCCGUGGCAAUGCUCUGAUCCUCAUCAUUAUUUUGGGAAUUGGAGGAAGUUUUCAAUCUGGCUACCACAUCACUGGUUUAAGUUCUCCCUCACCGUUCAUACAGCGCUUCAUCAACAGCAGCUGGUAUGACAGAUACGAAGAGCAUCCGCCUGCACAGACCGUCACAAUGAUCUGGUCUCUUAUUGUUUCCAUGUAUGCUGUCGGGGGACUCUUUGGUGCUGUCAGUGUCAAGUUUAUCUCAGGAAGGUUGGGAAGAAAAAAGGCGAUGAUCUGCAACAGCUUUAUUGCCAUCGUGGCAGCAGGGAUCAUGCUGACAAGUAAAGUGGCCAAAUCUUAUGAGAUGAUCAUUGUUGCAAGGAUUCUGUAUGGAUCUCCUGUGGGUUUGGGAACGAGCACCCACUUGAUAUACCUCGGAGAGAUUUCACCCAGAAAGAUAAGAGGCAUGGUGACUCUGACCUCAGCCACCUUUGGGUCACUCGGCAAACUGUUUGCACAGUUUUGUGGGUUAAGUGAGAUCCUCGGCCGUGAGGAGCUGUGGAAUAUCGUUCUCUGUGUCCCUGCAUUUUUCUCAGUGGUUCAUGUCAUCGCGUUGCCUUUUCUCCCUGAUGCUCCCAGAUACUUAUUCAUAGAGAAAGAUGACGAUAAGGCAUGCAAAAAAGCUCUCCAGAGUCUGUGGGGCCAAGGUGACUACAAACAGGAGAUGGAUGAGAUGUCGGCUGAGCAGGCAGUCAUUGAAGCAGCCCCACCAAAAAGCCCUCUUCAGCUGCUGCGGGACAGGACUGUCCGAUGGCAGCUCAUCACCAUGUCCUUCAUCUACUGCUGCAACCAACUGUCAGGCAUGUCUAUGAUCAGUACCUUCUCUUUUGACAUCUUCCUGAAAGCAGGUAUACCGAGAGACAAGAUCCGCUAUAUCACUCUUGGUCUUGGGGUAUCUGAAAUCAUCACCUCAAUCUCCUCUGGUCUGCUGAUUGAGCGAACUGGGCGGAGGCCGUUGUUCUGGGGGGCCUAUGGUGUCAUGUCUGUUAGCUGGGUGUUGGUCACUGUCACGCAGACCCUGAAGGAUUCCAGCUAUUGGGUUCCUUAUAUUACGACUGGUUUGAUCAUCCUCUUCAUCAUCUUCUUUUGUGGGGGACCUGGGGGAGCGACAGCGACUCUCAACAGUGAGAUAUUUAUCCAGUCUGAUCGACUGGCAGCGCUUGUCCUCACAGGAAUCCAGCGCUGGGUGAUGUUUGCUAUUCUGGGCCUAGUCUUCCCAUUCCUUAUUAAUGCCCUCAGCUCAUAUUGCUUUGUGCUGUUCGCCUGUGUGUGCCUGCUGGCUUGUCUUUAUACCUUCUUCAUCCUGCCUGAGACUAAAGGGAAGACCCUGCUGGAUAUCUCUGAGGAGUUUAAAGCCAUCACCCUGUGUGGGAAAUCCUUCUUAGAGAAGGAGAGAGUGGAGACCAAACUAUGAGGCAGUCCAGAUAGCAGUUACAGACUGUAUGAAAUUAACUGAGGAAUAAGCGUGUGACCAAAGGGACAGAAUAUAGACUUUGUUAAAGAAUUUUAAGAAAUUACUAAGGCAUCAGGCAUUAAACAACAUAUGUUAAUAUGGGAAAGAAGCUGUGGCCAAAUAACUGAGGCAACCUAAUAAAUGAUAAUGAA